AUGUCAAAAGUUAUUGCAGUCGCUGGUGGUACUGGCAGCGUUGGCCGCACCAUUGUGGAUGAACUAGAGAGAUCGUCUCUUUAUGAUACCAUUGUCUUAGCCCGCAAUCUAACAACCAAGGUCCCGGAACAUAAAGAAAACAAGUCUCCUGUUUUUGCGGUCGAUUACAACAAUGUCACGGAAACAGCCCAGCUUCUAGAGAGCCAAAAGGUAGAUGUGGUUAUCUCUACCAUUCAUAUUAUGGAGGAGAUUGCUUCGACAGCGCAAAUUAAUUUGAUCAAGGCUGCCAGCCAGUCUGGUACGGUCAAGCGCUUCAUCGUUAGCGAAUGGGGCAUUGUCCACACGGAAGCAUCUCCUCUCUAUAAAUUUCGAGAAGAUGCUGUAUCCGAGCUUCGCCAGUCCAAAUUAGAGUGGACCCGAGUCGCCAACGGCUAUUUCAUGGAUUAUUACGGAUAUCCUCACGUCAAAACGUACCUGAAGCCGCUGUCUUUCGUGAUUGACGUGAAAAACAAGGCUGCUGGCAUUCCUGGCACUGGAGAUGACAUUGUUGCUUUUACUUAUACGGCUGAUGUAGCCAAGUUUGUUGUCGCAUCUCUGGGCUUGCCAAAGUGGGAAGAGAUAACUUACUGCUACGGUGAAAAAUCCUCAUACAACAAGAUUCUUGCCCUUGCUGAAGAGGCUCGGGGUACGAAGUUCAAUGUUACUCACGAUUCAGUCGAAAAACUUAAUAAAGGCGAGGUUACAGAAUUACCUUCUCACCCUGCCAUGUAUUCCAUCGCACCAAAGGAAGUAUUCCAAGGAAUACUUUCACUAUUUGGCAAGUGGAUAAUCGACGGGGGGUUUGAUGUACCUGAGGAGAUUAGCUUGAAUGCCAAAUUUCCCGAUAUCAAGACAACCAAGCUGAGCGAAAUCGUUGGGGCAUGGAAGGGACAUUAAUGCAGUCUAGUUAUUUAUUUAUCAAGCAAAUAAUAGCUAAAUAUAGUUCAAAGAGAGAUAAAAUAUGCCGAAAAGAGAUACUAUCAUCAUACGUAUUAUUAUAUAAGCAAUGGUAUUGAUCCCAUUAUACUAAAACAACAAAUGAAAUCCCAUGUUUCGGCGUCUUUCUCUCCACGAGUGUUCCAUACUCUCUCCAUUAUCUUCAAUGCCUCAUUUAGUGUGCCAAAUGCUGACAACGAACCCAUUUUGGAAGCAAUCUGCCUAAACUCGGCUUCUUGACUUUUGGGAGCAAGGCAACCAGCGACACA